AACACACGAGCCGCAUAAACACAUGCGUCAAAUCUCAGAUGGGCUUGGUCCGAUUUGAUAGCAACGGAAUCCCAGAAUCGGCGCACUUCUGAACUGAGCAAAAUUAUUGCUUUCACUACGAUGUAUACGAGAACUGGAUAAACUUUUUUACAUCUGUUAUCAAAAUACGACGAACUUAUUUUGUUCUCGACUUCUUGUGAAAGAGUUUUUCACGGAAAAUAAAGAUGGGUGAGCAAUGACGGGAGGAUCGCUUAUUACAGGGCAGUUUGAAUCAAAAUGAUACACCAGCGAAGACUCUAAGUUGAAUCUCCUCAUUCCGACGACAAAGAAGUCGAGAUGACGGACACAGACGACGGGGUCGUCGAGUACCAGUCGAACACGACUCGGGGAAACUCAACCUUCCUGUUAGGGAACGACACCACGAAUGACACCGGGACUGGCGAGCUGAUAUACAUCACGUCCACCCUUAACACUUCUACGGAAGCUUUAGUGGUGCCCAUUGUCUUUGGGUUGAUCUUCAUCGUGGGAGUGAUUGGAAAUGGAACAACCAUUUUCACAGUUCUAAAAAAUAAAUCGAUGCGAAAUGUCCCGAAUGUUUACAUUGUUUCGUUAGCGUGUGGUGAUCUGUUGUUAAUAUUGAUAUCAGUACCUUGUAUGGCUACGUUGUAUACAUUCAUAGGAUGGCCUUACGGGGCCGUCAUGUGCAAAGUCACACAUUUUCUUCGGACCAUGUCAUUAGGUGUGUCCGUGUUUACUCUGACCGCUCUUGGUGGUGACCGGUACACCGCUAUCGUGAACCCUAUGAGCAAGCACAUGGGCAACCCGAUUGCUCGGACGAUCAUAACCUCUGUAUCUAUAUGGGUGGCUUCAAUAGCUUUGGCAAUUGUGGACGGGAUCAGCGCCAGGAUAAGCUACCAUCAACAUCGCGAUUCCCCAGAAGUGUUUUACACUUGUCAAGAAUACCCUGUGGACUGGGGCGAUUGGUACCCAAAGUUUCAUACGAUAUUUCGCUUCAUCAUCUAUUUUGCACUACCAGUAUACAUCAUCGCCUUGUUCUACGUCAUGAUCGCGCGUAUUCUCGUCCACAGUUCGUAUCACAUGCCGGUAGAGGGCGGGUUGAAGAGUAGCCAAGGCAACAAACAGGUGGAGGCUAGGAAGAAGGUGGCCAUUGUUGUCUUACUGUUGGUGGUCAUAUUCAUUAUCUGUUGGUUACCGAGGCACAUUUUCAGUAUGUGGUGGCACUUCGACCCGAAUGAUUACAACGAGUUUUGGCAUAUUUUUAAAGUGACUGGUUUCUGCUUGUGCUUUAUCAAUUCAUGCGUCAAUCCCAUUACGCUGUAUUUCCUUAGCAAGCAGUUUAGAAAGUAUUUUAAUCGUUAUCUGUUCUGCCUGUGCAAUAGGAAGAAGCGACUGCGAGCAGAGGUCACGUCUACGUCAAUGUAUAACUUUAACAGUACAGUCAGACGAACGAGUACCACCAUGACAAUGCUACCCAACUCACAGUCGCUGUAGACAUGGCGUGAGAUUAAAACUUAAUAGUAUUGAACAAGUACGGGGAUAUGUCAGUUAAAGGAGUGAGCCGGAGAAGCCACACGCUUUCUGGGACAACAUGGCGAAUUACAGCGAAGGAGUCUUUGAAAUACACCAGCUCUUACUACUGGCUGACACUUCCAAAUUAGUACUGAGGAAAGUAUUAUUGUUGGUGUUGGAAAUGAAAACCAGAUUACGGGUGAUUGCUUCAAAAAAGCCCUUUGAAUGUGACAUGCAAGGUCCGCUUUCAGCAGCCCUUUGAGAAAAACAGGUGAGGGAAGUCAUCUAAAAGCAUCAGCUUUAACCGAAGGCACAUGACGGACGUGCCAUGGCAAAUGUAUGUUGCAUCUGUACAUGACCAGAGGUCUGAGAAGUUUCCGACGUGUCUGCGUUAAGAGUAUGGUUAGGGUACACUGAUAGGAAGUAUAAACGUAACCUAAUUGGUUUUCGCAAUGCAGUCGGGGUAUUGGUGAAAUAUUUGAAUAUCUAAUAUCCUUAAAAGGAUGUACCAUGUGCAUUUGAUCGGGAACAAACUACUUUUGAUGAAACUUUGUGUAUAUAUGCCAGGAUUACGGAAAAUGUUGACGAUGGAGUUAUUUUCAAGUGAUUUCCAGUGAAUGCGUUUUGUGAUAGACUGAUGAUCACUCGGGGUUUUUCAUAGUGAAGGCGUUGAAUUGACGGGUUUCGCUUUAAUUUUAGAACAUUAUCACGCUUGGAUUGCUGCAUUAGCGUCCGCUUUUAAUAAGGUGUAAAAAGCGGUUAGCUUUGAAGUAAACAAUGUAUUGAUUUCAAGGUAUAGUAACUUUUUAUGAAAAUUCUAAUGAUUUCACUCACUCUUAUUGAACACACACUCUGGUAUCCAUGUAUAUUUGACCUCCUUGCAAAGAAAUAUUUUCUAUCCAUCCUCGAAUCACGCGAUUGGCAAACUUUCCAUCUUGAAGAAGGGCAUCCUAAAUUUAACGAAAUAAAAUUAGGUAAGUUAUUAAGUGAAUUCUGUGCGAUAUGGAUCUAUAUUAGCCUCAACCGCCGGUAUCACAAACACACUAUUUGGCUUGCACGCCAAAAUAAAAUAAGAUUAUUCAUACCAUCCCCGAAUCAGACGAUUGGCAAACUUCAAAUAGUUUCCUGAAGAAGGAUUUACAUGGUGAUGCUGGCCUUAAGUACGAUAACCAAACCACAAGGAUGAGCCUCAAUGGCCGUAAAACAAACAUCAAUGAAUUCAGAAUGGACUUUGAUUGAUUCGUCUGUUUGUGGUUCUAUGAGCCCAAUGGCGAAAGUUUUCUGCAGAUAUUUAGUAAGGCUUUGCAAAGCUGGAUUCAAUUAUUUGCAUCUUCACAUCAAUCAUCACUAUCAUCAAUACCAUUACCGUCAUUUUCAUAUCACAUGCAUCACGUUGCCACCAUUUUACCAUCCAUUGUCUUCACUGGUCGGUGAAUCAUUUCAUUUCUCAUUUCGUUAAGAUAAAGCACAGGUUGAU